ACAACGCGUAACGUGGUAUGCAGAAUGCCUGUGAGCUGAGUGUUUUCAAAGAUAUAGCUUCAAAACAAAUGGACAUGAAGCAUUAUUUAACGUUGGUGGAUUGAUGGUGACAGAUUUGGACAGUCGGCAUGUUGUGUGUAUGACCAGUGCAUGACCCGUGCAGCCACUGGUAAGCCCACAGGGACCAGGCUGCCCUGCCCCUGCCAUCCUUGAACUUCCUGACAACGACCAAAGUAGGAGCCUUUUUGGUGUGAUGGCCACGCCCUUUGUGCCAGUGCCGGUGCCCAUGGACGGAGGUGGUGGUGGUGGUGGUGGUGGUGCGGGCGGGUCGGGCAGAUCAUCCCGGCGCCCACCGCAGAGGACCCAGUCCAUGAGCAGCGUGUCCAGCUCCGGGUCUUCCAGAAGUCAUGGCAUCAGCCGGACCCCGCCGACGACGCUUACCCAAAGCCCGGUGACUCGUACUCGACUGGCGGGGGAGCUGUCUUCUCUGGAGUACAGCUCCGGCCUGCACUCGCCCCCCAACAUCGCCCAGUCCACCUCGGACCCGGAGAGGCCCAGCACCCCCACCAUACUAGGCUACGAGGUUAUGGAGGAGAGGGCCAAGUUCACGGUAUAUAAGGUUCUGGUGAAGAAGAACGAGGAGGACAGCUGGGUCAUCUUCAGACGCUACACAGACUUCUCACGGCUGAAUGACAAGUUAAAGGAGAUGUUCCCUGGUUUCCGCCUGGCCCUGCCCCCUAAGCGCUGGUUUAAAGACAACUAUGAGACUGACUUUCUGGAGGAUCGUCAGCUGGGCCUGCAAGCGUUCCUUCAGAACCUGGUGGCACACAAAGACAUUGCUAACUGCACUUUUGUCAGGGAGUUUCUGUGUCUGGACGAUCCUCCGGGGCCGUUUGACAGUCUGGAGGAGAGCCGGGCGUUCUGUGAGACGUUGGAGGAGAGUAACUACCGUCUGCAGCAGGAGCUGGUGGAGAAGCAGAGGGAGAUCAGCCACCUGAAGAGCAGCCUGCAGGAGAGAGACGAGACCAUACACCUACUGCAACAGCAGCUCAGAGAGAAGAGUCCGUGUGUGUCGGCACAAGGCAGCGUGAGCAGUGUGGAAGCAGACCCGGACGGAGACGCCGAAUCCUCAACCACAGAAGCGGACCAGGACACCACCACACACAACGGGUCUGUGUGCUGGUGUGGUCCCGCCCCAUCCAGCUCCUCUCCUCCAGUCAUCCAGGUCACCCAGCUGCAGCCCUGACCCCACCACAGCGCCCCCUUCAGCACCCCACCUGUAGCUGCACUCCCCUCUGCCACCCUCCGCCAUGAGUUUCGCUCCACCUUAGACAAAGAGAUGGCUGGUCUACUCUACUGUACGCGUCUUCAUUUCUCUGGAUCCCUUUGGAUUUUUUUUUUUCUUUUUACAAUUUUCCUGCAGGGACUGCAAUCGGACAGAGAGAGGAUGAAUCUUACUUAUUCAACUGAAUGGUGGAUUAUUUAGAGAGCAGAGCAAUGCAGCGAGUGCCCACGGUCGUGAAUUUCAGAGUGGACCACUGAAUGUCUGAAGGUUUUGGGCACAGCUACAAAGGAGCAACGGGCAGUGGACAGUGCACAGACAACAAGAGUUUGACUCUUAUGGAUGUUGUACUGUGUGGAGGACAUCAGGAGCUUCUGAAGAAACUGUUCUUAUGGUGAGAAGAUCAAAGAAGAGAUCUGAUGGGAAUGUCAAUAGUGAAUCAGAGCUGAAGUUGAACUCUGAAGCAAAAAAAAAAAAACCACAACAUUGGACUAAGUCCCAAAGCCUGGCUCUUUGUUGAAAAGAUAACCAAGUUGUGCUCAUAUGGGUCAUGUGCUGUGUUAGUAGACAGAGUCAACCUUUGAUGAUGCUUCUUGUGAAUAGAAUGUCAGAACUGAUCGGAUAUCUGACGAGACCCUAAACACUUUUCGCUAAAAAAAUAAACAGUUGCUCGUAAGAGCUUGGCUUGUUAGACAAAGACUAAGAUAAGGCAUGCUUUAUCUGACUGCUCGACAUCCAUGUUUUGACCAUCAGCCAAUCAGGAUUGGUCUUUGGAUGUACCGAUUUCCCUUUUUUGACACUGCCGCCACUCAUCACUUCUGCCACCGUCACCAUUACCAUGACACUCUCCAUCAUGGCAGUGCGUUUUCUGUUCUUCUCUUUGUUGAAUCACGGGACACUUGUCAAUGCUUUUAAAAUAGGUGUGCUAUCUUAGAACAUGGUAGAAUGCAUUGCUUGCACUAAAAGCUUAUCAAUGUGUGUGAACAUGAGUGAGUGAGUGAAUGAGUGAGUUAGAGAGUAUAUAAUGUUGAAUACUUGUGUAUGCAUUUAUCCAGGUGCUUAUAUGUUGUUAUAUGCUGUUCAUAGCACCCACUAGAUGGUGGACCUCAUGGGUAUCCCAUGUAGUAUACACUACAUUUACAGUACACUAGUACGCCAUUAGCUUGUCAGCUGGUGCAGUACAGGCCCGCUUACAUCUAUAACGAUAACUAUAAAGAUUAUAACUGCAACUUCAAUUACAAGGUUAUAACUACAACUUAACCGUUUUAAAAUGGUAUCAACUAUAACGAUAACGGCAUACUGAACGAUUUUGUUGAAUUCACUUCCAGAGCGCUAUUGUUUUCCUGAACUAGAAAACAAUGUCAUCCAAUCAGUUAUUUAGAAUGUUCAGACGUUAUGCCUUUCGCUUGCUGUUGUAUAUAAGAAACGGUUGUAGUCUUCGGCAAGUAUGAACAGAAAUAGCUUUAUAAUAGUAGUUAUCUUUAAUAGUUACCCCUGUUGAUGUGAUUGGGCCUUAAAACUGGCUGACGAGUGGUGAACCAAUCAAAGCUGCCAUGGCUAAGACAAGAUUUCAAGUGAGAAACUGCCAUGGCUAAGACGAGCUUUCUAGUAGGGAGAUUAUGUCUUUCAUUUCUUACCCAUGGCAUUAUGAUGUUUAUUGUGUGUCUGUUUAUGUUUUUGUCUGUUUGCUUCUUUGUGUUUACACGGAUAACCAGUUAAAGCCAUAAUCUGGGGUAGUUUCAUGUCGAAGUUUGAAAGAAGAAAAAAAGAAAACUCGAGAAAAGCCAUAGACUAAGCCAGGGCUGUGUGUGUGUGUGUGUGUGUG